GCGAGAAUUGAUCGUUGAAUAUUUUAGACAGCUUCCAUUGACGUUUUCAUGUAAAUGCGGUUUUAGAUGAAACACCGACUUUGUGAGUAUGUCAGGCAUAUACAGCAAUGAACAAGAUAGAUGUCACAUCAACCCAUAUGCCAACCAACCACCAUCUAGCGAUCCUGUUAUCUUCACUUCACCAGCUCAAUGGAAAACCUUCCCAGUGGAGAAGCAAGGCCAUGUGACGUCACCACACAACAAUCAUGCCGUCAUGACAACGGCAACACUGGGGUCGUCGCAUGGCAACCAAGUGAUGGUGAACCUGGAACCGAAGAGUUUGCACAACUAUGCAGCCUACUACCCUCCUUGGUCGGCCACGGGACCUCUCCACCUGCCCGCGGUGGGAGGUCACGGGUCAUUCGGGCAGAUGUUGGGAACAGUGGACCCACCACGAGUUUGUGUGCCCGUUUCUGCUCCGCUGAACAGGCAGGACAUUAUUCCAGUUGUCGCGAAUGUCAACCACGCGGGUUCUGCUGUGAACAUGGCACCAGUGCAUGUUGGUCGUGACGGGUCCGUGGCAAUGGCCGCUUCCCACAGACAGGAAAUGGACGGUGCGUCGAUGGUCGUGGCGCACAUGCCCGGUGCGAUGCAGAAGGAGUAUUGGCCGUCUGCGGUGAGCAGCAUGCACGCAGAAAACAUCAUCGCCAACAGCGGCUUGGUGGCGUCGGCGGGUCAAACGUCGUACAGUGUUCUUGGUUCCGUCACGUCAUGCUCUUACGCCAGUGCAGGCUCGGUGAUGUCGCAGCUUGAGAAUUCGAAAUUUCAACCAACCCGCGAUAGGUCGCCCAUUUAUCAAGCAGGAUUACAGGAGGCAGUGGUCCCGUCAAGCUGUGGUAAAGUUGUAAAAGAAAUGACAUAUUCCAUACCAACUGCGUCCCAGUCUUACCCUGAUGUAACGUCUUCGGGGGCUUCUAUGAACGAGGCAACGCUGCAUCAGUCUUACCACAAAACUGUCACAAGUUCUAACGUCACGGACAAUCAGACUGUGGACUCUUCACAUCACGAAGACAUAGUUGCAAAGGCGUUGAGCCAGAGUCUCAAUUCGGACAGUGACGUCACGGGUCACUAUGGUAAUUCAAUUCAAUUCGGUGACGUCAGACAGACCUUUUCGACUGUAGACAAGCCAGUUCAGUUUGCUUCGGAUUUGUGUAAUUCUGUCAACAACUCUUCAUACGGUUCAACCGUGAGACAAGAUUUUGUAUCCAGCGAGCAGAAACCCGGACGACGUGGUCCCGGGCGCCCACCUGGAUCGGCGGUGUCUGGAGACGACGACCACAAGUCUAAGCCCUACGAGUGCGAGUACUGCGAGCGCAGGUUCAAGCACACGCAGCAGCGACGCGUGCACGUCAUGUCGCACACGGGCGAGCGUCCCCACGUGUGUCCGUACUGCCAGAAGGGCUUCAAGACUCUGGCGCAGAAGACGGACCACAUCCGCGUGCACACGGGCGACAAGCCUUACAAGUGCACAUCUGCUGGCGCGAGUUCGGCAAGUACGCCACGAUGAAGAAGCACCUGAACACGCACCUGGACACGCCGCCCUACCCGUGUCCGCACUGCGACCGCGCCUUCUACCUGGCGGAGCGGCUCAAGGUGCACGUCCGCGAACACACCGACGAGCGGCCGUUCAAGUGCGACG